UAGUCAUCGUGACGCAAGCAAAAACGGUUGGCAGCCAGGGUGGAAACGCGUGCUACUCCCUUCUUACAGGAAGGGGUACUUUUACGUUAAUAACUCCUAGAAGCAGCCUUCUGGGCUCCUGCUGGUCCCCCUGCGUGCUCCCAGGUGGGUGGGAGGUGGUGGUCCGGACUGGGAUGCUGGGGGGGCUGCUGGGGCGCAGCCCCGGGCUGUGGCGGUGGGUGGCUCGGCCAGCCCUGCACCCCGCCAGAGCCGUCGGCGACAAAGUGAAGGGCGCUCGGGACGAGGCUUUGGAGACGGCUAAUCCAGGUUACAAACCUUUCAAAAAUGACAGAAAGCCUACAAAUUUUGAUAAAAAGGUGCUGGUAUGGGCAGGACGCUUUAAAAAGGAGGAGGACAUUCCCAAGCACAUAUCGUCUGAGGUCCUCAACGCAGCAAGGAACAGCAUCAGGAUAAAGGUUUGCUACAUCAUGAUUGCACUGACCUUGCUGGGCUGUUUGGCCAUGGUUAUCACAGGCAAAGAAGCCCCUGGAGAAGUGAACGUAAUUCUAGAAAGUGCCUGGAGAGAGCAGUUACCUUCAACACGGUCUGGGGUUCCCAGUGAAUGCAUCCUGCCUCGCCUCUCAGGACGCUCCGGGAAGUCAGUGCCACAGAUGCGUGUACAGCUGGUGCAGCAACCGAAGGAAACCACCAUUGCAACCCACAAACUGGUCUUUUGUUCUCUGAUUUAAGUCUUCAGAGUGCACAUAUUCAGGCUUUAUUCUGAGCCCUUCAGGGAAGCAAAGAAGACGCUGAGAUCCCCCUGUAAUCACCUGCCUCCGGGAGCUGCAGCUCCACAGACCGUACUGAGUAUCAGAAGAGCUGGCAAAAUCACUGGCUUAUCUGACUGCGGUGGGUAACGUGUUCGUUGUAGCGACAGGGAAGUGUUCCUGGUGUUGUGCAAGGAUAUUCUGUAUAAUUCCCAGCACACGCAUUCAAAAAAAGAAGCCAGAAAUCUGAGGCAGAAAUGUGGGGAAUAGGGGUCCAAGUGGCCUGUUUGGGCACCUCCAGGACUAGGGGCUGCUCAGGGCAAACGGAGCACAGAGGGAGCUGGACUGUGAUUUUGGGUUGUGGAGCCAAAAGUCAACCCAAGUGGCUCCUCCGAAACCAGCACAAAAUUGCAAAAAGCCAAUGUCCACAAAACAUCUACAGAUGCUCCAUUAUGUAUUCCCUUUUGAAUCUAUGCUAAAAUAAUCUGGUUCUGUAAUACGAUGCUGUUGGCUAGCCAGCGCUGGCUUGCAAGUGUCUGUGCAGGUGUUUCUAGUUCAGUUUCUGCAAUGCUGGGAUGCAGGUGAGUCUGUGCAUCAGGCUGGGGACUAAUGCCAGAAGAACUGAUUUAACUCCUGGUCUGGCCUCAGCAGUUCCUCCAUGGAUUAGGUAAGACAUUUGGCUUUUUGGUGUCUAUAACCUGGUCCUGAGCAUAGUGGACUUUUUGCCUUCAUGACAGCCACUGGCCUGCCUUCGUCCUCCGCUAUUGCUGUGGGAGCUGCCAGUCCUGGAAGUGGCAUAAAACAUAUAUAGCUUUUUCUAGAAGAAAUUAAAAGUAGCUCUUUUAUAUUGGUAGAUGUCAUACACCAACUGGCUUAUAAAUAUAACUUUAAUGCCUAAAAAAGGUGAUAAUCGCCUUUAUACUUGCUUAAUAGCAUCGUUUUAAAGUGAAUUACUGACAUCAUAUAUUACCUUCUUCCCCUACAGUAAAUGGUCUCUCCCUGCUGUAUUUUAUUACUUAUUGUAAAUUCAUUCGAGCAGUAUAUUUUGCUUUCAGCAAGGUACCCUCAGUUACUUUUUCUGUCUGGGAUAAAUUGAGAUAGAUUUUGCCUGUGCCUGGGUUCUGCUCAUGGCAUCCAUCUUUGCCCAUGAAAAGUUACAGCUGGAGUUGAACAGGACUUGAGAAAUGAUAAUAUCAUACUGCAGAAAGUUACAGAUCACCAGUCCACAGUCACGCUGUGUACAGAGAGCUCACUGAAGCAGUCAGGAGUUUAAUAGGAAGUGAAAAACAUAAAGAAAUGUGAUGUAUUCUCUAAUGUUUAUCCUGAUAAAGUAGUAAGUACAUUACAAGAAAAUGACACUAGUUAUUUACCAUGCCAUCGUAAGAUUAUACAGUAGCAUAUCACCCCAGGCACCACUUUUUGUCACUAGUUAACCAUUUUUGCCCUUGGAGGUCUAUGGAUUUAUUGCUAGAGCUACAGAAAUGUGAAUUAUUUGGGGGGGGGCAAAGGGGAGACUUCAAAGAUCUCCAUCCCUUUGCUGAAAAUUCCGUGCUCCCAAGGCUUAGCAAACCUGAUAGCUAUGGUCACUGUGUUGUCAAAUCAAAUAAAAGCCACGAGGCUGGCACCCAUCGCCUUCCUGCAGAAGUUGUGGACCCCCUGUGAAAACCGCUUGAUUGAAGGCUCUGGUUUCACAGCCGUGGGAGCAAGAUGUGACCCCAAGGUCGGUCGAGCUUUGCAGUGGCUCUGGGGACACCUGCCUGUGGCAAUGAAGUCUCCAUCUUUGCAUGCCUUUUAGGAAAUCCUACUAGAUGCCACUAGAUGCAACACUUUUAUGGGUCCAUCUAGCCCUUGGUUUGUGCUUCCAGCUCUAGAAACCCCAGUAUCAGUCCAUGGCAGGGUCUGGUGGCUGUGUUGGGAUGGAUGUUGGCAGAUAGCCCAUCACACCCGCCCUCGCUGCAAAGCAAUGCCUGCUGCGGCUAGUCAGAGCAGUAGCUCAAACACAGAGUUCAUAUGGAUGGAAAAAUAAUAAUUAUUCAGGUCUCCCAGGUUUCGGGGCUGCCUGCGGCUCUGGGACAGGUCAUCAGCACUUAACAUCCCGACUGCUUUUCCUGCAGCUCCUGGAGAGCGCGAACAGCAAAACUGUUCUCUCCUGCUCCCCUCCUGAAUUGUCAUCAUUCGCUCCUCACCAACAUCAAGUGUUUUAUUUAAAAGUGUUUAAAUAUGCAAAGCUUAUUUUGGAUUUGUAUUAUUAGAAUUUUUAAGUGGACAAGGGCGCAAUUUUCUCAUUACAAGGCAGAAAUGUUGCAUUUUAGCUCAAAGUGAGUUUUCAGUGCCAGGUUACAAAACGCAGGUAAUGAAAUAUGCAGAUUUUUAACAAUGGCAGUGAAAGCCUGGCAGGGCUGUGUGUUCUUAGGCAGGCAAACCUCUCUUGUCAGCUCAAAUCCACGUGGCAAGGGAAGGGAAACCUUAUGGGAGCUUCUGCUCAUCUUGUGGCAGAGUGGUUCAAAACAUAUCUUUGGGGAUACUUCUGGGCAUUGCUGGAAAUCUCACUCAAACCUGACUCUUUGAAGCCAAGCAGUGUGUUAAAGCCUACUGUGUUUCCCGUUCCCUCUGUGAGGACUCACUAUACAUUUCGCUCUGCAAAUUUCCCUUAUUUUCUUAUGGUACUGAUGAAAGGGCAGGUCUGUAUGCUAGAGGGGACCAGAGCACUUGUGGAAGGGGCUCUGCUGGGCUGUCUCUGUUGGCUAACCACUGUAAAACCCCUGAAAUUUAUUCUGUCCACACACGCUGCUGAGAAGAGAGGAGUGUUUCCUCUGGAGGUUUUAGCAUUCCGUAAGUAAAAUCAAUUGAUUUUUAGAUCAUGGGGCUAAGAGUU